GACUAUAAAAGGCCCAUCAGCAGCAGCAGCACUUCAGUCUUUUCAGAGCUACUGCUGAGAACACACCACUGUCUUUAGACACCCAAGUAAGUUUGACCAAACCCUUUUUGUCACUCAAAUCAUGAACAGAAGAAACAUGUUGUGGUACGACUCACGUCUACACCCAGAAGAAAUGGAUUAUGAGUCAGACAUGGAAAAUGAUAUGUUUGAUGAAACAGAACAUACAUCCGUCUUUGAUGCUGAGGUAGAGUCUCUUCAGUAUGAGACUAAAUUACCUGCUGAACUUGAGUUCCCUGGAUCUGAGACGGUCGACUCUGAUUCUGAGACCAUGGUCCCUAGAUCUCAGAUGUUUCAGCGGGAAUUAGCUGGUUUUAAACGCCCAAGAAAGCCACAACAACCCCUUACUUUCGCUGAACUCAUCGACUUUAGUUGUUACGGUGAGUACAAAAAGUCAGAUCUACUGUCUACAAUUAAAGAGAUGGAGUCUGAGAUGCCAGAACAAACAUCUGUCUUUGAUGCUGAGAAAGAGUCUCUUCCUAAUGAGACUCAUUUAUCUGCUGAACUGGAAAUCUCUGGAUCUGAGACGGUUGUCCCUAGACCUCAGACGGUUCAGCAGGAAUUAGUUGAUUUUAAAAGCAGGCAAACUGAUGACGUUUUGAAACAAGGGGAUCAUUUGAAAGAAAAACUGCAGAAUACAAAUACUUGUUUCAAUCAGGAGAAGGAGAAGAGGCUUGCUGCAGAGAACCAGUGUGCGCUUUACAAGGAGCAAACUAAAGAGAUGGAGAACGGUUUGGUUCAACAGCAACACAAGCUGGUGGCUUUAGAAAAGCAGUUACAGGAGCAGAAAAACGUGAAUGAAGACUUACAAAAAAUCUGCUCAGAUCUAAAAGGUGAGACAGACGAGUCCCGUUUUUCUGGAGUCUCGAGAAACGAUCUGAUCGAGAACUUUGAAAAGCUGGAGGAACAACAUUUAGGCUUAGAAGCGAUGUUUAGCAGAGAAAAAGAUGAGAAAAUCAAUGCAGAAAAGAAGUUUCUUGACGAGUUGGAGAAUUUAAAGGAGCAGCUUUCAGAAAAGGACGUUUUCAUCAAAAAUCUGCAAACAGAUUUAGAUCAAGAACGUCGGUCCAGACUCGUUAGUGUCCAGGAGCAGAAGGACGCCCAGCAUAAAGUUAACGAGAACUAUAAGAAGGAAAUGAAAGAUCUUAAGAAAAGGAACGGUGACCUCUCUGAGAUGCUGGACAACGUUAAAACGGAUCUGAAGAACAGAGACAUGAAACUUCUGGAAGAGCGAAAAUCUUUUAGACAUCAGCUCAAACAGAAGAAGCUAAUCUGUGAAGAUUUAAACAAACGUUUGAACAAAGAAAACAAGCUCCGCCUGACCUGUGAGGAAGAACUCAAAAAAACUAAAGAUCAAAUGAGUUCAAUGAACGGAAAUCUCAAGAAGAAGAUCAACAACCUGAAACAGAACAACGUGGAGCUCAGUCAGACGCUGAGAAGUGGUCAGGCUGUAGAAACUAAAUCAGAACAGAUGUGUGAGGAUCUGCAGAAGUUUAAGCAGCUGCUCCAUGAAAAAAUGUCCAUCUGUGAAGAACUUAGCAGCAGUCUGGACAUGGAGAAGCAGCUCAGAGUUAGCUACGAGGCUCAGCUGGACUCUAACAGGGCGAUAGCCUGUGAGAACUCAGAUCUUAAAGAGCAGAUCAAAGAUCUGACUCAGAGCAUCUCUGAACUCAGCGUGGUCGUGGAAAACCUGACAGCUGAGAACGCUGCUUCUCACCAGGAGUUGGUUGAGCAGCAGGAGAGCAUCAAACAUCAACUCCAGGAUAAAUCUGUCGCCUGUGACCUUUUGAAACAAGUGGAUCAUUUGAAAGAAAAACUGCAGAAUACAAAUACUUGUUUCAAUCAGGAGAAGGAGAAGAGGCUUGCUGCAGAGAACCAGUGUGCGCUUUACAAGGAGCAAACUAAAGAGAUGGAGAACGGUUUGGUUCAGCAGCAACAAAAGCUGGUGGCUUUAGAAAAGCAGUUACAGGAGCAGAAAAACGUGAAUGAAGAUUUACAAAAAAUCUGCUCAGAUCUAAAAGGUGAGACAGACGAGUCUCGUUUUUCUGGAGUCUCGAGAAACGAUCUGAUCGAGAACUUUGAAAAACUGGAGGAACGACAUUUGGACUUAGAAGCGAUGUUUAGCAGAGAAAAAGAUGAGAAAAUCAGUGUAGAACAGAAGUUGACUGACAAGCUGGAGAAUUUAAAGGAGCAGCUUUCAGAAAAGGACGUUUUCAUCGAAAAUCUGCAAACAGAUUUAGAUCAAGAACGUCGGUCCAGACUCGUUAGUGUCCAGGAGCAGAAGGACGCCCAGCAUAAAGUUAACGAGAACUAUAAGAAGGAAAUGAAAGAUCUUAAGAAAAGGAACGGUGACCUCUCUGAGAUGCUGGACAACGUUAAAACGGAUCUGAAGAACAGAGACAUGAAACUUCUGGAAGAGCGAAAAACUUUUAGGCAUCAGCUCAAACAGAAGAAUGAAAUCUGUGAAGAUUUAGAGAAACGUUUGAACAAAGAAAACGAGCUCCGCCUGACCUGUGAGGAAGAACUCAAAAAAACUAAAGAUCAAAUGAGUUCAGUGAACGGAAAUCUCAAGAAGGAGAUCAACGACCUGAAACAGAAGAACUUGGAGCUCAGUCAGAUGCUGAGAAGGUGUCAGGCUGUAGAAACUAAAUCAGAACAGAUGUGUAAGAAUCUGCAGAAGUUUAAGCAGCUGCUCCAUGAAAAAAUGUCCAUCUGUGAAGAACUUAGCAGCAGUCUGGACAUGGAGAAGCAGCUCAGAGUUAGCUACGAGGCUCAGCUGGACUCUAACAGGGCGAUAGCCUGUGAGAACUCAGAUCUUAAAGAGCAGAUCAAAGAUCUGACACAGAGCAACUCCGAACUCAGAGUGGUCGUGGAAAACCUGACCUCUGAGAACGCUGCUUCUCACAAGGAGUUGGCUGAACAGCUGGAGAGAGUCAAACAUCAACUCCAGGAUAAAUCUGUCAUCUGUGAAAACCUGGAAACAGGUUUCACCAUCGAACAGAAGCUCAAACUCCAGCUUUCCCAGCAACUCCAGGAAACAUCUGGCCUGUGUGAGAGCCUGGAAAACCAGCUUAGAGGCGAGCAGAAGAUCAGACUUGGUUUGGAGACUGAGCUUGCCCAAAACAGAGACGUGGUCAGUGCAAGUCAUGAAGAUUUGAUGGCCAAACCAGAACAGAUGGAGGAAAAAGAAUCGAAACUCUGUAAAGUCGUCAUUAACCUCCAGUUAGAUCUGUUUAGAAGAAAAAAGCAGCAUGAGGAAGAGUUGGGAAUCCUGAAGGAACAAGCCUCUAAACUCGAGUCACUGACCACAAAUCUGGAAAGUCAAAAUCAGAUCUUAAAACAAAAGACUGAAUGUUUUAACCCAGAUCAGCAAACAGAUGCGAUCAGUGAGCAGAACGUGGACGCUGCAGAAGGAAACAAGAGUGUUCCUGCUGAAAACGACUCUCCAGCAGAAAGCCUCGAGUCCCAGAGAGACGCUCCACACUCAGACACAAAAAAACUGGAUAAAGUUUCUGUGUGGAGGCGUUUCAAGAAAGCUGUAACACCGGGAUGUCUCCGUCAGUACAAAAACAGACAACCUAGCAACUAACCUCCCUCCUAACUAAUCAGAAAAGGCUAAUUAGAAGACAUCCUAUCGGGCAGCACUAUCCAGGAUGAAUCUGAGAAGUUAAACCAGCCACUGCCUCCCCAAAGACCCUGUUUAGAUAAAAAAAAAGAUAAAUAAACAAGCCCCCCCAACACACACAGAAGGAAAAAAACGGGGCAUCAUGGUGGUACAGUGGCUAGCACUGUUGCCUCACAGAAAGGUCACUGGUUCAAAUCGGAUCAGCUUCCUUUCUGCGUGGAGUUAGCAUGUUCUCCCCAUGAAUGCGUGGGUUUUCUCCCGGUGCUCGGGUUCCCCCCACAUGCCAAAAACACACCAAAAACACGCUUAGGUCAAUCGCUGACUAAAUUAUCCCUAGCUGUAAGUGAGUCACUGUGAUGGACAAGACCUUCUUGCUCAGUAGGAGGGACUGCUGUAAAAUCACUGAUACAAGUCAGUGACUCGAUGAGAUCUGCUGGGUUUCCUUAGAUAGGAAAAUUAUAACUAAUUAGAAUAAUGAAGUGAACUCAGGACACGGUUUAAUAUGAAAGGUUCAACUGCAGUGUUUGCUUUUUGAGAUGACUGCUGUUUACCUUGGUGCUACAUAAAUAAACUUAACUGAGUAACUAACCUGAGAAUAGCAGCUACAGCUUCCCCCAAAACCCUUAAAGAGAAAUCAGCCCUUGUCAUGGACGUCACUAGGAUUGAGAGAUGGGAGGGCUUAGCCCCAGGAGCUUGACCUUGAACAUUUUUUGUCACACCCUGCAAAAACUUUGUCAAUUAAUUCAUUAUCUGAAGAACAUUUAACAAAACCUAUUAUUUCAUCACUUUCUUUUCCUUUCAUACUUUUGUGCAUUUUCUCUCUUCUUUUUAUAAAAAAAUAACACUUACUCAGUUCAUUAGUGGGGUCUAUGUUGAAGAAAGAUUUUAUAUAAGCCCAUUAAAAAUUAGAUAUGUUAUAUUUCCAAAUAAAGCUAUUCAUUUCAGUCUACUGCACUUAACAGGGGGAAAUGUUGCAGUCAUUUGUUUAAUUUGUUUAAUUACAACUUGCUUAAUUAUAAAUGUUACUGAAAUAUGACAAAGAACAAAUGAAUAAUUGUCAAACUUUUAUUAUGCCAAAUGAGUGUGCAGUUGACAGUUUUAAUAUAUGAAUAACACUGAUAUGAUAUGGAAUAAAGGAGUAUGCAAUUAACAAUUACAAGAAAAAAUAGCAGUGUAUAUAAAAAUUAGGGCUGGGACUUGAUUACAAAUUUUAAUCUAGUUAAUUUGAGGCUUUGUAAUUAAUUAAUCUAAAUUAAGUGCAUUUUAAUCGUUCAGGAAAAUGUGCUUUCAAAACAAAACUUAAUUAAAAUUAUGAAACAGAGAAUUAAACAUUAGACAUAGUUAUUACUGUAAAACUAAAGCUUUUAAUAAAAAAUGCAUUUUAAUUAAUCAAAUGUCACUGUGUGAUAUUAAACAAGACCCAAAUCAACAAAAAUUUAUAAUUACAAAUAGAAAACGCCUGCAAAGGGUUC